AAGCUGUUAGUGAUAAAUAUGAGAAUGCAAUGAGAAAUUAGUACUAGUAAAUAAAACAUAAUUAUUUAUGUAUAGAUGAGCUGCUAAACCAUAUUAACAAACAAUACAGGUCCAGACUCUCAAGCUUGAAGAUGUCCAGUGUCCCACACAAGAUUCAUCCCGUCACCUAGCAGAAGCACUUUGUUCUAUGCCAAACCUGACUGACCUUAUACUGUCUAGAAGGAAUCUUAAUAAGGAGUUCUUCUAUACAUUGAAAGCAAAGGCAUCAUCCAUAAAGUUGACCGAAAUUAACACCAAAGCGAAGCAGUUGCUCCCUAAGGGUACAUCAAGCAUGUCUGUGAAUGAACCUUCUGGAGCAACACCAGGCAGAACUGAAACCAGAGACGUACAAAAAACGACAGAAGGCAGAGGCGGAAGAGAUAUGAGGAAAACAACAACAGCAACAACAACAGCAGCAGCAACGACAGCAGCAACAACAUUCCCUUCCAUGUAUGCCAGUCCGCAAGCAGCAUCAGCAACAUUCCCUCCCAUACGUGCCAGUUUACAAUCAGCAGGAGCAAUGUUCCCUCCCAUGCAUGCUGGUUCACAAGCACCAGCAGCAGCAAAUGUCAGCCAAGAAUCAAGAUGGCUGCACCUCGACACAACAGACGAUGGCAACCAAGUCCACUGGGAUUUUCUGACCGACUGUCCUCAAGAACUUACCCUCCAAGAUAAUGAAGCAGUAAUAUCAUGCGGCAUCAGAUUCUCGCCUUCUAGAGCCAAGCUGAGCAAACCUAUCAAGGUCACAUUGGACCAUAAUGCCCACUUCUUCAAUCCAAGACGUGCAGAAAUCGUCUUCUACACGCGUAAAAAAGACUCAAAAUCUUUUGAAAGAAUUCCUGCAUCCACCAGCAGUUACCCACGUUGUGAUGUCAGAGGAAAAGACUUGGAUCUCUAUGUAGAUCAUUUCUCCGAUUGGUGGAUUGUGGCUCUGCUCACAUGGUGCUUUGGUGGAAAGAGGGUCAACUGCACGCCAUAUGUAAAACCACCUGUUAGGAAAGAGUUCUCCCACUGUGUGUUUCUUUGCAUCUAUGACGAUCUCUCGGAUGUUAUUCAUAAAAUAGAUAAAGAAAUGAAAAAGUACACAGAGCUCCAUCCGACCCAGCAAAUGUUCAUAGAAAGGAAGCAUGGAGAUAUCAAUAUCAAGUUGUUUGAGGGCCUAAAGGAAAACGAAAAGGAAAUUGGCGAGCAGAUACUAGGUGAAAGGGAUAUGAUCUACCGCAUUAACUGGAAACAAUUCUCCUUUGAAGUGAAGCCACUCGAGCUGGAGGAGUGCCAAAAGCUUCUCAAAUUCACCUUGAAUCAAAAAGAGUCUCUCUCUGACCCUACUUCGAUGAAAUUUUACUUGCGAUAUGAUGAUAUGGGAACAAUAAGAACAACAACAGCAGCAACAUUCCCUCCCAUGCAUGCUGGUGCACAAGCAGCAGAGGUGUCAACACUAUCACAAGAUAAUCUGAAAUCAGAUAGAAAACUUGAAAAACUAUCGAAACACAUGCCUCCUGGGACUUACACAAUGUUAUGCACACAUCUUGGCAUCGGAUACGACCAAGCUAACGCCAUCCUAGCCAGGUUUAACAUGGACUACCAGAGAGCUACAAGGGAUUGCUUGGCACAGUGGAAGACAUUGACUGGUGGUAAUAUGGACGAGCUGGAGACUAUCCUACAGGAUGCAGAGGUUGGAGAUUUAGUGAAGUAUAUAAAGUAAUCAUGCGAAGCUUCCAACUGGUGCAAUAUGAACUCUUUGGUCUGUAUUCUAGUCAAUCUUAAACGUGACACUGUGUUUAGGCUUUCGUUCAAAUCGCAGUUCAACAAAGGAACUGUGAAAUGACGGGAAUCAAGAAUGUGGA